AUGACGGAGUGGACGCUCCUCAAACGUCUCCUGGACGCCGUCCACCAGCACUCCACCAUGAUUGGACGCCUCUGGCUCACCGUCAUGGUGAUCUUUCGCCUCCUCAUCAUUGCCGUGGCGACUGAGGACGUGUACGCCGAUGAGCAGGAGAUGUUUGUGUGCAAUACCCUGCAGCCGGGCUGCGCCACAGUCUGCUAUGAUGCCUUCGCGCCCAUCUCACAGCCGCGCUUCUGGGUCUUCCACAUCAUCAGCGUCUCGACUCCGUCUCUCUGUUUUAUCAUAUAUACGUGGCAUAAUCUGUCGAAGCUGCCGCAGGGACACAGCGGGCAGGGCCAGGGGGUUAACCCAAGGGACUUGCCUCGAGACGGGGGGAAGGAUGGAGGUCGAGAGGCAUUCAACCGGAGCUGUGACUCGGAUAGCUGCUCCAUCCGUUCACACCGGCACUUAGGUCACAGCUUGGCCAAUGUCUUGGAGGGAAUCACUGCCCAGAGUCAGAGCCUCCUAAAGGGAGCUGCCACCACUACAGCCACCACCGCCACGCCUCUAACCCAGGCCAGGGCUCGCGUCUACAGAAAUAGCCACUACGAUGCACCAGGGGGUCCUGGAGGUGGAGGAGGAACCGGAGGCGUCCUCUCCAAGUACUACGUGUUCCAUGUGUGUUUCCGGGCACUGCUGGAGGUGGGCUUUGUCAUGGCCCAGUGGUUCCUCUUCGGCUUCCGAGUGCCCGUCCACUUUUUGUGCAAGGCCCCACCCUGCACGCAGCCCGUGGACUGCUACGUGUCACGGCCCACAGAGAAAACCAUCUUCCUCCUCUUCAUGUUCUGCGUGGGGCUCUUCUGCAUCCUCCUCAACCUACUGGAGCUUAAUCAUCUAGGAUGGAAGAAGAUCAGACACUCAGUGAGGCUCAGGGAGGGAGGAUCAUGGGGGAAUUAUGGGGUAGAGAAAGGGGGACAGGAAACCUUUGAGACUUUCUCUCCCGACAGCCCCUCACUGAUGUCGUCUCUGGGCCUUAGGGAUGUCACCAGUACGACGUUGCUCCCGAACUUGGAUCUGGUAGUCGACCACCGGCCUGACUGGACCUGUGCUGGGAACUGUUCCCCAUUUAAUAAGAAGCCUGAUGCUGGUAUAGAGACAGAGCUGCAGCUUCCCAACAACCAGGAGCUCCAGACAGGAGAGACACAGCUUCUGAAGAGCAAAGGGAAGGGCUGGAAAUCCAAGCUGCGCAGUACGGAGGUCUGGAUAUGA